AAAAGCAAAAGCAUAAACGUAAAUUCGUGUUCCAGUUAGCUGGCGGCAACAUUACCUCCACGAGCUCUUCAUUGCCUAACCGACUGUCUCUCUCUCUCUCCAAAUCUGAGGGACUCCUUUGGGUUUACUAAAACACAAAGAAACCAAUCCCAUUGUAAUUCCACACGAGUUUUUUGUUCCUAAAGCAGGUGAAACCGUCCGGCUUCAUAUGGGUGUAGAUGGAUGCCUUUUUGGAGGCUGAGGGGUAAAGACUCUGCAGUGGUUGGUUGAACGGAGUAUAUAAACAAAUGGCUCCCACUAGCAAAGCUGAUAAGAAGGCAGGAGAUGUAGCUGCAUGGAUGUUCAAUGUUGUAACUUCUGUUGGGAUUAUAAUUGUCAAUAAAGCUCUGAUGGCUACAUAUGGCUUCAGUUUUGCUACAACAUUAACUGGUUUGCAUUUUGCUACGACAACUUUGAUGACACUUGUUCUAAGGUGGCUGGGAUACAUUCAACCCUCGCAUCUACCUGUCUCUGAGCUUCUAAAAUUUAUGGUCUUUGCUAACUUCUCUAUUGUUGGAAUGAACGUGAGUCUAAUGUGGAACUCGGUGGGAUUUUAUCAGAUAGCAAAGCUGAGUAUGAUCCCUGUGUCAUGUUUACUGGAAGUUGUUCUCGACAAGAUCCGUUACUCAAGAGAUACAAAGUUGAGCAUAGGAAUUGUUCUCUUGGGAGUUGGUGUUUGCACUGUCACUGAUGUGAGUGUCAAUGCCAAAGGCUUCAUUGCUGCCUUUAUAGCUGUAUGGAGCACUUCGCUACAACAGUAUUAUGUGCACUUUCUUCAACGGAAAUAUUCACUCGGUUCUUUCAGUCUGUUGGGACAUACUGCUCCGGCCCAGGCUGGAUCUCUUCUGUUACUCGGCCCCUUCCUUGACUAUUGGCUGACAAACAAGAGGGUUGAUGCCUAUGACUAUAACUUUGGAUCUCUGAUGUUUAUAAUUCUCUCAUGCACAAUCGCAGUAGGCACCAAUCUCAGCCAGUUCAUCUGCAUUGGAAGAUUUACCGCUGUGUCCUUCCAAGUACUGGGGCAUAUGAAGACAAUUCUUGUUUUGAUCAUGGGGUUCUUUUUCUUUGGGAAGGAGGGUCUGAAUCUGCAUGUUGUAUUGGGAAUGAUCAUAGCUGUGGUUGGGAUGAUUUGGUAUGGAAAUGCCUCGUCUAAGCCCGGUGGAAAGGAGCGUUGGAGCCACUCUCUCCCUACGAGCAGGCAACAAAAACACGGUGGUUUUCCUGAAUCUACUGAACAUGAUGGAAAAGUUUAAAUUCAUUCAGUCUAAGUAGAAAUGGAAGAUUUCAGGAAAUUCUUAAAUGAUUUGAGGCUAGAAAACCAAAAUUUCUUCGAAUUAUUUAUCCUCGUAAUUUCUAUUUCUUGCCCUCCUAUUCACUCCCAUUGGGGGAGUGGAAUGGAUACAUCAAGAUAGGGGAAAACUCUUCCAAAUUUCAAUUUUUUUUGUUUACAUCAUCAUAAUCAUAGUAAUUAUUUUUCUGGCUCUCUA